AUGAUAUAUGUUUUGAAGGGGGAUUUUCUCUGGUUAGAACCUACAACAUGCAGUCGAUUCAAUUGCUUAAUUGGAGGCCGAGUUUUAGAAGUUGAAGAUGACAAAAUUAAAAUAAUAGACGAUUUUUCGGAGGAACAAUGGCUACCACUGGAUCGUAAUUACCGUAUUAUGCAUGCGACAUCAGUGCAAGGUGUUGAAGAUAUGAUCAACUUAGGUGAUUUGCACGAAGCUGCUUUGCUGCGCAAUCUUUUCGUCCGUUAUAAUAAUAAACUUAUUUAUACUUACGUAGGAUCAUUGCUAAUUGCUGUGAAUCCUUAUGCAUAUUUACCGAUAUAUUCAACUGAACAAGUACGAUUAUAUCGUAAUAGACGAAUUGGUGAGCUUCCACCACACAUAUUCGCAAUUGCAAAUUCAGCUUACAGUAAUAUGAAAAUAACUGGCCAAAAUCAAUCUAUCAUAAUGAAUUUCAGUGGUGAAUCAGGUUCAGGCAAGACUGAAUCUGCAAAAUUGGUAAUUCAGUUUUUGGCAACAAUAUCAGGUCAGCAUUCAUGGAUUGAACAACAGGUUUUAGAAGCAAAUCCAAUAUUAGAAGCUUUUGGAAAUGCAAAAACUACAUAUAAUGAUAAUUCAUCACGUUUUGGAUGUGUGAUUGAAUUGUUUUUUACUGCUGGUGGGGCACUUGAAGGGGCUCGAAUUGAUCAAUAUUUACUGGAGAAAUCCCGGAUUGUUUCUCAAGUAGUUGAUGAACGAAAUUAUCAUAUUUUUUAUUGUCUUCUUGCUGGUUUAAGUAAAUCUGAAAAAGAGCAACUGUUUCUGAGUGAUGCUGAUGAUUUUUAUUUUUUGAAUCAAGGUGAAGCAAUAUUAGUGGAAGGUCGAGAUGAUGCAGCUGAUUUUGCUGAAAUCCGAUCAUCGAUGAAAGUUUUAAUGUUUAAAGAAACUGAAAUUUGGUCGAUCUUCAGAAUCCUCGCUGCAUUGCUGCACAUUGGUAAUGUAAAGUACUUUGUUGCAAUUAUUAACAAUAUUGAAACGACAGAAAUCAGAGAUACACGCGAAAUUGAGAAGAUUUCUAAUCUUCUCUUAAUUGAUGAACAAUCGCUAGCAGAUGCAUUAACUACGCGAACUUUGUCAAUUGGAGAAGAACGAGUAAUUUCCUGUCUAAGUGCUGAACAAAGCCUUGACGCACGUGAUGCAUUCGCGAAAGCAAUAUAUCAUCGACUUUUUCUUUACGUGAUGGAUAAAAUCAAUGACGCCUUAAACGUAGGAAGAAAGGAAGGAUCUCGAUAUAGUACAACUUCAAUUCUUGACAUUUUUGGUUUCGAAAAUUUGGCGCGAAAUAGUUUUGAACAAUUUUGCAUUAAUUAUGCAAAUGAGGCUUUGCAACAAUUAUUCAUUCAUCACACAUUCAAAUUGGAACAAAAUAAAUACGACACAGAAGAAAUAAAUUGGGGACCGAUUGAAAUCAAUGACAAUGUAGAAGUUUUAGAUUUGAUAGCUUCAGGACCGAUGAAUAUUAUGUCAGUAAUUGAUGAAGAAAGCAUCUUUGCUAAGGGCACUGACCAAAGUAUGCUGAAAAAAUUGCAUUCUUGCUUUGCUAGCAAAGAAAAAGUAUACAUUAGGCCUAAAUCUGAUUUGAGCAAGUCUUUUGGAAUUGCACAUCACAAUGGCAUAAUAUUUUAUCAAUCCAAAGGUUAA